AUGUCGUCCCCAAACGGCAAAAUGGAUGUUGACAGAGAGAGGUCGCCUGAUAGAAGGUCAAAGUCCUCUCGUAAUCACUCGACGGAGACACAUCGUACUAGACGCUCUCACCGAUCCCGUUCGAGGGACAAGGAAAGGCGUGACAGACGGCGCGACCGCGACGAGCACGAGGACGGACGUCGUAGCCGCGAUAAACGUGACAGAGAUCGCUCCCGGGAGAGGUACCGAGAUCGCGACAGAGACAUUGACCGAGACCGAGAGCGGGACAAGGAUAGAGAGAGGCGCAGAGACCGCGACGGUGAGCGACACCGCUCCGAUAGAGAGCGCGCCGAAAGUCGUCAUAGCCAUCGCGACCGUGAAGACAGAGAUAUCAGAGAGCGCCGCCGCAAACGAGUCGAUGAUGCAGAUGAGGGCCUUGAAGGUCGUGAUACUGAAGUCAAGAGGAAAAGGCACGACGAGGGCCCAGAUGAGUCGUCUCUACCUGCACCGCCACCGUCUGCAGGGCUUCCUCCCCCUCCCCCUCCUUACGAUAGCCCUCGUCGUCGUAGGGAUCGCUCGCGGGAACCAGACCGCAGAUUUGGGGAUAGGCCAAGGGCGCGCGACCCGCGCGAUGAGUUUGACGACCUUACUCGCUACAGAGACAGGGAGAGAGAGCGCGACCAUAAACGCAAAGAUCGUGUUCCAUCAAUACCUCCCGAGGUUCCUAAGAGUCCGUCCAUUCGACGACCUUCGCCCUCGUAUGAAGCGCCUUUGGACGAUAUGUUGAACCCAGAUGAGCCGAGGGAAGACGAUUCUGAAGCUCGGUCUGUAUUUGUUUCGCAGCUUGCUGCCCGACUCACUGCUCGAGAUUUGGGAUACUUCUUCGAAGACAAGCUCGGCGAAGGAAGCGUUAUGGAUUCUCGUAUUGUGACCGAUAGGAUCUCAAGGAGAUCCAAAGGAAUUGGUUACGUCGAAUUCCGCUCCGUUGAACUUGUUGACAAGGCACUUGGACUUAGCGGCACUGUUGUGAUGGGCCUUCCUAUACAGAUUCAACACACCGAAGCCGAACGGAACAGAUUACAUCCGGGAGACGGGAAUUUGAACCUCCCACCUGGAGUGAGCGCACCACAUGGUGGCAUGCAACUUUACGUUGGCUCUUUGCAUUUCAACCUUACCGAGUCCGAUAUCAAGCAGGUCUUUGAACCCUUCGGCGAAUUAGAGUUUGUUGAUUUGCACAGGGAUCCGAUGACCGGACGCAGCAAAGGAUAUGCAUUUGUCCAGUACAAACGAGCCGAGGAUGCAAGGAUGGCUUUAGAGCAAAUGGAGGGCUUUGAGCUUGCUGGCCGCACUCUUCGUGUCAACACCGUGCACGAGAAGGGGACAACAAAGUACGCGCAGCAGGAUUCCUUGGAUGAAGCGGGCGGUGGUAACUUGAAUGCAGCUUCUCGACAGGCGCUGAUGCAGAAACUAGCCAGGACUGACCAGCCAGCAGUCAAGCUCCCACCUGUUACCAAACCGAACAUUCCUCAGUCGAUGCAAUCAAGAUCUGUCCUCCUGAAAAAUAUGUUUAACCCGGAAGAGGAAACGGAACGUGACUGGGACAAGGACCUUGCUGAAGAUGUAAAGGGCGAAUGCGAAGACAAAUAUGGCAAAGUAGAAUUCAUCAAGGUGGAACGGGAGUCUCAGGGCGAGAUUUACGUGAAGUUCGAUUCAAUCGAAUCAGCUAAGAACGCAAUUCAAGGCCUCCAUGGUCGUUGGUUCGGGGGCAAUCAAGUCUCAGCUGCAUUCAUCUCAGAUGCAAUCAUGCAGGCUCAUCAAUGA